AUGGCAACGAAGCCCGUUACCAAUAUCGACCAAUUCAUGUUUGCCGGACUUACUUCAGCAAAGCUUGGCCAGAAGCUGAAGAAUAGCACGAAGGAGAGGUAUGCGCAAGCGAAGACAUUAUUUGCGAUGCCCAGGAGGCCAGGGAUUCUCCAUGGACCCCACAAAAUCUUUGUGUUUUGGGAGUCGGUCGGGCUGCUCGCGGAUACGCUGCUGGCCGGUACGAUAUCCCCGGUGCAUCGACGGUACAGUAAUAGCGAAGCGACCAAUAGGUAUGAUGAGAAGAGACCCGCAAUGGAAACAGAGAUGAUACCGUUGAAUGCCGUUGAUGAGCCGAUGUUGACAAGCGCGAGCACGCAUGCAAUAAGGGUUGUUGUAGCCACGGACAUUCGCCACCCUGGCAGACCUUUGUCGCGAGAAAAGGCCCAGAAGACUCGAGACGAAGACGCUAAUAGACCAACAGUAGCAGAAGUGGCCAAGCAGAAUAUCAAUGAUGCCAUCACAGCCGCUGCUGCUGUUGAGUUCGUGGCAUGUUUGAAAAUUGCCAUAAAUGGAUACGCUGGGUUCUCUGCGAGCGCAGCGUCGAUGUCUCCGGCUCGGUAG